GCGGCGGUGCGGGCGGGAGGGAGGAGUUGAGCCGCGUGUGGGGAAGCGCGAGUUCAAUGCUGCCGCGCGUGCCGGCGGCGCUAGCCAUGUCUCGGGAAACGAGGAGCGAGGCGCAGCAGUCCCAGGGCACGCAGCAGUCGCAGGGCACGCAGCAGUCCCAGAGCGGCACCAGCUCCUCCUCCAGCGCCUCGCAGAGCGCCAGUCAGUCCUCGUCCAGCUCCGGCACGCUCAGCUCGCUGGACACCGUGCUCACGCAGGAGCUGCCGUCCAUCCCCGAGGACCCGGAACCCGACGAGCUCGUUCCCCAGCCGUGGGGUCGGCUCUUUGCGCUCGGAAAAGGUUUCAGCAAUUGGGACUGCGUGAAUGACGAGUACUGGUUUGGAAGAGAGAAAAGCUGCGAUUACAGUUUUUCUAAGCUGGGAUUAUCCGAGACUGGAUUUUACCAAAACUAUAGCAAGAAGCACUUCCGAAUUUUCCGGGAAAUGGGACCAAAAAAUUCAUAUGUUGCCUACAUUGAAGAUCACAGUGCAAAUGGAACUUUCGUUAAUAGAGAGCUCAUUGGAAGAGGGAAGAGGCUCCCGCUGACUCAUAACUCUGAAAUUGCACUGUCUAUUCAGACUAACAGGGUGUUUGUCUUUUCUGAUCUUACGGUGGAUGAUCAGUUGGCGUACCCUAGAGAACUCCGAGAGAAGUAUAUCAUGUCAAAGACUUUGGGAAGUGGUGCCUGUGGAGAAGUCAAACUGGCAUUUGAGAAGAGCACUUGUAAUAAAGUUGCGGUAAAGAUAAUCAAUAAGCGGAAGUUUAUGGCCAGUGGUAUUAGAGAGGCAAACCCAGCUUUUAAUAUCAACACAGAAAUAGAGAUUUUGAAGAAAAUAGAUCAUCCUUGCUUAAUCAAGAUCAAAAACUUCUUUGAAGCAGAGGACUACUACAUUGUUUUGGAACUGAUGGAAGGAGGAGAAUUGUAUGACAGAGUGUCAAGGCCAGUCAAGAUGAAAGAAGCUACCUGCAAGUUGUACUUUUAUCAGAUGCUGCUGGCUGUGAAGUAUCUUCAUGACAAUGGAAUCAUACACCGGGAUCUAAAGCCAGAGAACGUGCUGCUUUCAUCUUCUGAAGAGACGUGUCUGAUAAAGAUUACAGAUUUUGGACAAUCCAAGAUUCUUGGAGAAACUUCUCUUAUGAAAACAUUAUGUGGUACUCCCACGUAUCUCGCUCCUGAGGUUCUAAAUUCACUUGGGACCGCUGGAUACAGCCGAGCUGUGGACUGCUGGAGUUUAGGAGUUAUUCUUUUUGUAUGCUUGUGUGGAUAUCCACCAUUUAACGAGCAACACACUCAUCUAUCACUGAAAGACCAAAUCACUCGUGGAGAAUACAUAUUCAUUUCAAAAGAAUGGAAACACGUAUCCAACACGGCUCUGGAUCUUGUGAAGAAGCUGUUGGUAGUGGAUCCAAGCAAACGUUUUACAAUAGAAGAAGCCUUAGAGCAUCCCUGGCUUCAGGUAGGAAUUGAGUCCUUUAAUUUCUUGAUAUAAACUCAAAGGCAGUUCAGUAACCUGAAUUUCAUGAGGUUUUGCUUCUGCGAGGAAGCAGGGAAACUGACUACCCUGGUCACCAGAGAUCUCUAUGUACCCAAUCCCGCAUCUGUGGAGAAUGCCAUAAAAGAUGAUGAGAAAUGAGAGCUUUGAUUCUGCAGCUUCUUGGGACUAACAGCUGUUACUUUAAGUCAGAGCUUCAACCCACCAGUUUGUAGGCUGCUCCUGACAGCAUCCAGCAGAAGAGCAACUGCUGGUUUGUGCUUCCCACUGCUGCCUGCCUGCUGGCCAGACUUUUCUGCUGGCUGCUGUAAGAGUGGAGGGAUCCUGAUGCCUGUUUGCAGGGAGAUAAGAAGGGAAGAGCACGCUGUAUGUCUGAGUUAAUUGUUCGUUUUGCUGGCAUUGUGAAUAACAUAUAGGAAAAGGAGCCAUCAGAUCCCAACCUGUAGAAUGACAUUAGCCCAGAUACUAAUAGUCACAACUUUCCUGUUGAACAACUUGAGACCAGAGUGAACGUUUUGAAGAGAUGGCUGCUAUAAGCAAGAUGAUCAAGCAGCACCUAAUUAUGUGUCAAGGACUUUCUUGCAGUAUACAAAGCAAACCUGCUUCUUUGCUGUCCCAACAAAAACUCUCUCUGCAGCACACAGAUUCUCUUUUUUUUUCCUGUUUUCCUUAUUUUUAACUCUUGCAAAGGCAACUAGGCCACGUGCUGUUUUUCACUGUGCUGGUUUUCUUGGCCACAGGCCCUGACAAAGUCAUUGUUAGCUCUUACCCCCUGCCAUGGUAUGUAUGCUUUCUCAAUUUUUCUCAGUUCCAUGUUCUUUUUCUACUGUUGUUGCUGCUGUUCCUAGUCUUGUAGCCUUGCUUGAUGCUGUUCAGUGCCUUCUCCCACCCUAAACACCUAUUUGCUUAUUUUCUGCUUUUAAUUUGAUUUCUCCUUUGCCCUCCACCUUGUCAUGAGUACACCAUAGGUAAGUUUUAUCCUUCCAAAUCGUAUACUUCUGCCAGAGAGAAAAAGGAAUCAUUUAUUCCUCUCUUCUCCAAAGUUACUGCACUAUUCAUUUUAUGUCUGUUCACUUUUCUCUUUAUUAUCUGAAUAUUACAUCAUCCAGCUGUAGAUGUCGCUGUUUUGCAGGAGAAUUGGACUUGAUGACCUUUAAGGUUCCCUUCCAAGUCAAAAGAUUCUAUGAUCUUUGUAGCUUAACUAACUCGUAGAACUGUAGCUCCUGUGACUUCGUAUGCCCUCUGCAUAGGCUGAAGCAAGGGAGAAUCACUCAAAUCAGCAGCUGGCAGUUACUGAGACAGGAAAUUCAGUUGGACAAUCGUUUUUAAGUCAGUAACUUGUCCCAGUUAUACUGCUGGGCAUCCAGAAAUUCUUCCUGUCUUUCCUGGCUUCUGCUACUCCAGUUUUGUGGUAAUUUCUGCAGUGGGUUAAUCGGCUGUAGCUUUCUUACAUUUAUGAUGCUGAGUAGGGUAAGUUACUGAUAAACCAUGAUAUACUGAUUUUAAGAAUUCCUGCUUUGCACAGUGUGAAAGAGGAAGCAUAUGACAGCAAUUUACACAAGUUAAGACUGAGAGCUGUCAGUAUGUGAACUGAAGCUGUUAGCAUCUUUCCUCUGUACGCUCUUUAGGGGCAGCUCUUACUGCUAUGUUCGAUUUUGAAGAUGGGACAAAAAGUUUUACAAAGCAUUUUACCUGCAAAUCCAUAUGUCAUCUAGCAUUCAGAUGUCACUCUUUAAGCUGUUUCUCUUUGUGAGCUUUUAUUAAAAAUGCCAGUUGUUUAUAUGCGAUAUAUUGCCUGCCUUGAGAGGCCAACAUACAAUAUGUUCAGUUCUAAAUAUCACAAACCUCGAGCACUACCACCAGCAAAGCUGCUUGAGUCUUGUGAUCACAAGUAGUGAGAAGGAGCUACUGGCUCCCUGCUCCCUCCUGUGUUUGUCUGUAAGUAUUACCUCUAAAGUCUAGUAUGAAAACACCCAUGAGAUGCAUACUUAAUGUUACAGAAUGUUAGCCCCCUCUAGCGAUCUGGGGUCCACUCGAGAGUUUUUCAGUUAUUAAGCACACAUGUUCUCCAAACAAAACAUAAAUUUUACAACUCAAUUAAAAAAAAAUGGUGUUAUAUAAGUGGAAAACGUGAUGCUGAAAGAAGACAAGUCCAAAUUCUAUAUAAAAUAAAUCGUACGUUCACAUUGAAGCCUUUCUGUAGUGCUGAAGAACAUAUUUAAACCAGAAAAGGAGAUACUUCAGUACUCUAUAGUUUGGAAUAAGAACUCACCUCCCCUGCCUUCCACCCAAAAAAUGGUUAAAAUUUUUGAAACCUAUAGGAGCUAGAUGAUCCUUAAUUCUCUUGUACCUCUGCUAGUGAAUGUCUCAUUCACUUUUCCCUGAGUUUCCCAAUCUUUGCUGUGAUAAUUGAACAAAGUUUUUACAGAACUUGUUAUAUCCAGGUAGAUGUUAAGAAUAAAUGUCUGUUUUUGG